GCUUUCACCAAUAGAGCCAGAGAGAGAGAGCGAACAGCUUUAAGCUUUGCAUCUGGAGAGAGCAAAAGAACAGGAAGACGAAACGGAAAGGAAAGUGGAAGGAAGGAACGAUCUCUUGCGGUAGAAGGAUAGCGCUGCCAUAGAGAGCGAGAGCGAGAGAGAGAGUGGAUGAGAGGAGGACAUUUCUGCAUGACGCACAUGGUUCCAGUAAUUGUAAUGUAAUGAGAUACGACGUCCAGGAGCUGCUACUUCAUCAGUCUGCUGAGGAUCCAUUCGCCAGGUUCGCAAAUGGGAUGGCAUAUCAUCCAUUUCUGCAGCUAACGCAAAGACCCACUGACUUCAGCGUAUCCUCGCUGUUGACGGCGGGUAGCAACAACAACAACAGCAACAACAACUCGAACAACAGCAACAACCCGAACAACAAUAACAACAACAGCAUUGUUGCAGCAGCGGCGGCAGCAGCAGCAGCAGCGGCAGCAGCACAUCUCAGCAGCAACUCCCCCGGUGGGGCAGGUGGUGCAGGUGCGUCUGCAGGUGGUGGUGCUGCCAGUUAUCACGGCAGCUCCCCAUCCCAGCUUUCGCCGCAGAGCAACCACAGCAACAACAACAACAACAACAACAAUAAUCAUAGCCAGCAGAACAAUAACAACAGCAGCCACAGCAAGGGACACUUGACCACCGAAGAGCCACGAUCCCCAACGUCAACAUCCACGCCACCACCGCAACAGCAACAACAGCAGCAGCAGCAGCAGCCGCCGCAUCCACAUCCACACCCACACCAUCCGCCACCAUCCUCAGUGACUGUGCCACAUCCCGCCCAUCAUUCACCCAGUGUGGGCGCCACGGGAGCCAAUCCCCAUCCAGGGCCAGCGGCAGGAGCAGCGCCGGCCUCGGGCCACCAUCAUCCGCCGCCGCAACAGCAGCAUCUGGCACCGCAACAGCAACAGCAGCCGCCACCACCGCCGCCGUACUUUCCCGCCGCCGCUUUGGCCGCUCUGGCCGGUAGCCCAGCCGGACCACAUCCAGGGCUGUAUCCCACUGGCGGGCUGCGCUUUCCGCCGCAUCCCGCCCACCCGCACGCCCACCAUCCGCUGGGCACCGCCUAUACGACGGCCGAGGACGUGGUCCUGGCAUCGGCCGUGGCCCAUCAGCUCCAUCCGGCCAUGCGACCGCUGCGCGCCCUCCAGCCCGAGGACGAUGGCGUCGUCGAUGAUCCCAAGGUGACGCUCGAGGGGAAAGAUCUGUGGGAGAAGUUCCACAAGCUGGGCACGGAGAUGGUCAUCACGAAGAGCGGAAGACAAAUGUUCCCGCAAAUGAAAUUUCGUGUUUCGGGACUGGAUGCCAAGGCUAAAUACAUCUUGCUACUGGACAUCGUUGCGGCGGACGAUUAUCGUUAUAAAUUUCAUAAUAGUCGCUGGAUGGUGGCCGGCAAGGCGGAUCCGGAGAUGCCAAAGCGCAUGUAUAUCCAUCCAGAUUCGCCCACAACGGGUGAGCAAUGGAUGCAGAAAGUUGUUUCCUUUCACAAAUUAAAAUUGACCAACAAUAUUAGUGAUAAACAUGGAUUUGUAAGUACUACCAUACUGAACUCGAUGCACAAGUAUCAGCCGCGUUUCCACCUGGUGCGCGCCAACGACAUUCUGAAGCUGCCGUACUCCACAUUUCGCACGUACGUGUUCAAGGAGACCGAGUUCAUAGCCGUAACUGCAUAUCAAAACGAGAAGAUAACUCAACUGAAAAUCGACAACAAUCCCUUUGCGAAGGGCUUUCGUGAUACUGGCGCUGGCAAAAGGGAAAAGAAUUGUUACAGGCAGGCGCUGAUGUCCAAUCGAGGGUCCGACUCGGACAAGCUCAAUCCGACGCACGUGAGCAGCUCGCGGGCGCCGCUGCAUUUGGGGCACGCCGGACGACCGCCGCACAUGCACCCGCAUGCGGCGGCACUCCUGGACCAGCAGGACGACGAUGACAAGCUGCUGGAUGUGGUGGGGCCGCCACAGAGUCCGCUGCUGCCCCUCAGCCACUCGCUGCAGCAGAUGCACGCGCACCAGCACUCGGCUCUGGCCGCUUGGUUCAAUCAUUUGGCGGGUGCCGGAGCCGGGGAGCAUGCGGCGGCGGCUGCGGCCAAUGCCAAUGCGGAGGACGCACUGCGGCGACGGCUGCAGGCGGACGCGGACGUGGAGCGUGACGGCAGCGACUCGAGCUGCUCGGAGAGCGUCGGCGGCAGCACCGGCGGUGCCUUUCGACCCACCUCCACGGGCAGCCCCAAGGAGGGUGUGGGCGCCACAGCGGCGGCGGCCGCUGCAGCGGCUGGCCUCAAUCCCGGCGGCAGCUACCCCUCGCCGAACAUCUCGGUGGGCCCACCGAUCCACCCGUCGCCGCAUCUGUUGCCUUACCUCUAUCCGCACGGCCUCUAUCCGCCGCACCACCUGGGGCUGCUGCACAACCCGGCCGCGGCCGCCGCCAUGAGCCCCGCCGGCCUCAAUCCCGGUCUGCUGUUCAACGCCCAGCUGGCCCUGGCCGCCCAGCACCCGGCCCUGUUCGGGCACGCCUACGCGGCGGCCGGCCACACGCCCGUCUCCCCGCUGCAGGGCCUCAAGAGCCACCGCUUCUCGCCGUACAGUCUGCCGGGCAGCCUGGGGUCCGCCUUUGACGCCGUCACCCCGGGCUCGAAUGCAAAUCGCAGUGGCGGCGGCGGCGCCGAUGGACCUCCGCCCGGCGUGCUGGGCGCCGGCGGAUCCGGCGGAGGCGUGGAGAACGGACCCCGCAGCCUCAGCUCUAGCCCUCGGCCGCGGGCCUCCUCCCACUCGCCGCCCACUCGCCCCAUAUCAAUGUCGCCCACCACGCCGCCCUCCCUGCUGAAGCGCCAGGCCCAGCAGCAGCAGCAGCAGCAGCAGCAGUCGCAGUCCCAGCACUCCCCCUCGGAGCUGAAGAGCAUGGAGAAGAUGGUCAAUGGGCUGGAGGUGCAGCACAAUGGUAGUGCCGCAGCUGCGGCGGCGGCUGCAGCGGCCGCGGCCCUGCAACUGGCCGAGGAGACAGCCCAGCUGCACCACCACACGCAGGCCCACCACCAGCAUCCGCACGCUCACUCGCACUCGCAUCCGCAUUCGCAUCCGCACUCGCAUCCGCACCAGCAGCCGGGACACCAUGGGGCGGAGGCGGCGGCCGCCACGGAUCAGUGACAAUUACUGGACGGCCGCUCCGAUUGCGAGGAGGACGGCCUGGAGCUGGAGCUCGAGAUGGAGGACGAUGAUGAGGACGAGCACGACCGCAGCUCGGUGAUCGAUCUCGAUGUCGAUGUCUGACCGCAGACGGAUCCGUUGCAACGCCUUUAGCCUGCGCCCCAACUCAGCUGGGGCCGCAAUGCCCCCAGUCCGCUCCCAGCCUGGUCCUCGUCCUGGUCCUGGUCCUCGCCCGUGGCGGUCGUCUAGUGACCCUCCCCCUGCAGAUGCACCCCACUGUUGUAUAUAGAGUAACAGAGCGACCUCCCCCCCACCCCCGCUCCACCACCAGCAGAAUUUUAGCAUGUAGGCAUUUGUAGCAUAUAGCGGGAACACCACCCCCCCUCCACCAUCCCAACCCACCCUCCAUGGAUGAGACUUCGCUCUGGAUUUCGAACUCACAGAGAAAGUAACUUUUUUUUUGUCUCGUUUCUAAGCAACGUGUAGCCCGUAGAACACCUCUGGUGGGUCCCAAUGCGGAGCGAAGGGAGAGAGAGGAGGAUGGUCAAUGGCGGGGGAGGAGAGGAGGAGGGUGACGAUCUUGGUUCAGUGGGUAUGCUGCAGGCAUGGUAUGACCCCGCGAUAAGAAACAGAGAAGAGAAGAGAAGAGAAAAGAAG